UGUCCCCCACCUCACGUCUCUCUCUCUCGCAGACACGCACUGUGCAGCUGGACUGGAGACCGGACCACUGUCACCCACCGGUGGAGACUUUCAGCGGGAAAACGGCGCCUACCGGAGUGGGUGAGCCAGGGUGACUCGAGGAGAGCUUGGAAGACGACGAGGGAACAAGUCGCACACAGUCCAGCGGCGUCCAUCCGUACCCCUUCAUCAUCGUCCCGGCUCGCAGAGCUGAUACCUUAGGUCGGACAGUCUCUACUUCUUCCACUUCAGAUGGAGACGUUUUACAGGUGAGAGACCGAAAGAAAAGGAGCAGUGUCACUCCGGUUAUUUUGGAGAGUUGACAUUCAGCUGAUUUUUUAUUUUUAUUUAUUUUUUCCCACUGGAAAGGUUGAGGCGUCUGUUCUGCGGGACUGAGUGCAUUAGGAGGACUAAAUGUUGUCUAUUCGUCGGCAUUCACCAUGCAUCAAAUGGUUCUGUGGAUAAAUCUUUUUGGACACUGUUGAGUUGAACUUGAGUGUCCAAAAAGCUGCAGGAGAAGGGUAAGGGGACGCUCUGACUGGGACGGAGGCACCAGGGCGCAUUGCUGGGUCACAGAGGACUGUCUUUUGGGUGGAUAACAAGCAGACUUUUUCUGAAAGAUCAACAGUGACGUAUGAAGGCUUCACCUGAACCUUGCUCGCUACCAGAUUUUAAAGGCAAAAGGUCUUCAAUUCAAACCUCAACCAGCAUCACUUUUCUACCGUGGGUGGGUCUUUGAGGGAUCCACCCUUAUUUCCUUCAUCUUUUUUUUAUUUUUCGCCCUUCUCCCGGCUGCUUCAGUCCUUCCGCAGAAGCCCCCUCCUCCACCCUGCACUCUCCAUCCGCGGUGCUCCGUCGCCCUGGGUGAGCGGGCAGGGGGGUGGCCCACUGUACCCCCCGACACCAGGGCGCCACCGAGCCGCCAGAGGCUGGUGAGGCGCCGGCGGGGUCAGCGCUUGGAAGAUGGCCGCUCUCGCCAGCUCCCUUAUUCGCCAGCGCAGGGAGGUCAAGGACCCCCAGGCGAACCGGCAGAUCGCCAGCAAGCGCAAGCCCUGCCCGAAGAGCAACAAGUCCCUCUGCCAGAAGCAAAUCCUCAUAUUAAUAUCCAAGGUUCGACUAUGUGGCAGUCGAGGGAGAAAAAUGGAAAAAAGACCAGAGCCCCAGCUGAAGGGCAUCGUCACACGGCUUUACUGCAGACACGGUUUCUACCUCCAGAUGCUGCCGGAUGGCACCAUGGAAGGCACAAAGGACGAAAGCAGCUCCUUUUUGCAGUUCAACUUGAUUCCUGUGGGGCUCAGGAUAGUGGCCAUCCAGAGCACCAAGACCGGGCUUUACGUUGCCAUGAACAGCGAGGGCUACCUCUACACGUCGGAACACUUCACGCCGGAAUGUAAGUUUAAGGAGUGUGUGUUUGAGAACUACUACGUCACCUACUCGUCCAUCCUGUACAGACAGACCCAGUCGGGUCGGGCGUGGUACAUCGGCAUCAACCGGGACGGGCAGGUCAUGAAAGGGAACCGCGUGAAGAAGACCAAGGGGGCUGCGCACUUCCUUCCCAAACUCAUUGAAGUGGCCAUGUACCGGGAGCCGUCUCUACACGACGUUGCUGAGCAAAGUCCGCCCAGGAAAACGCCCAAGACUUCCAGUGACUCGCGCAUGCUCCAAAACGGCAAGAAGGACCCUAAAUCCAAAACCAAAAGCUCCACCUCCUAGCGCUCAGAGACACGGGUGGGAGAGGAGGGGUGGAGGACAAUAGGCAC